UAAAGAUAUUGUACCUUCGUUCUGUCAUUUCGUUUCUCUCUUCGGAGCCGGCUCUCGGCAGAAACAAAAGCGAACUCAAAAAAGGGCAAAAAAAAAAAAAAAAAAACAAGCAAGAAAAUCAAAUCGAUUCAAAGACGAAGACGGAGAAGCUUAAACGAUUCGUUUUGGCGGAGACGAGAAGAGAUCAGAGUCGGCCUGAGUGAAAAAUGUCGGAAGAAGAGAAGCUUUUGAAAGAGGCGAAGAAACUGCCGUGGGAGGAUCGGUUGUUACACAAGAAUUGGAAGGUUCGGAACGACGCCAACAUUGAUUUGGCUACGCUUUGCGACUCCAUUACUGAUCCUAAGGACGCGCGUUUAAGAGAAUUCGGUCCGUUGUUUAGGAAGACGGUGGCGGAUUCUAAUGCGCCUGUGCAAGAGAAGGCGCUUGAUGCGUUGAUUGCCUUUUUAAAAGCUGCGGAUGCAGAUGCCGGCAGGUACGCGAAAGAAGUUUGUGAUGCAAUUGUAGCAAAAUGCUUGACGGGGAGGCCAAAAACAGUUGAGAAAGCUCAAGCAGCUUUUAUGCUUUGGGUUGAAUUGGAGGCCGUGGAUGUUUUUCUUGAUUCGAUGGAGAAAGCAAUAAAGAACAAGGUUGCAAAAGCAGUUGUGCCUGCUAUAGAUGUCAUGUUUCAAGCCCUAAGUGAAUUUGGAUCUAAAAUUGUACCUCCGAAAAGAAUUUUGAAGAUGCUUCCUGAACUCUUUGACCAUCAAGAUCAAAAUGUACGUGCAUGCUCUAAAGGGCUGACUCUUGAACUUUGUCGUUGGAUUGGAAAAGACCCGGUGAAAUCAAUAUUAUUCGAGAAAAUGAGGGAUACAAUGAAAAAAGAGCUGGAGGCUGAGCUUGGAAAUGUUGCGGGGAUAGCUAAGCCAACUCGGAAGAUUAGAUCUGAACAAGAUAAGGAGCCAGAGCAGGAGACUCUGUCUGAAAAUGUUGGUCCUGGUGCUUCUGAAGAGUGUGCAGCUGAGGCUCCUCAGGAAAUAGAUGAAUAUGAACUCAUUGAUCCUGUUGACAUAUUGACACCUUUAGAGAAAUCUGGUUUUUGGGAAGGAGUGAAAGCUACCAAGUGGUCAGAACGGAAAGAGGCUGUUGCAGAGCUAACCAAGCUUUCUUCAACCAAAAAGAUAACCCCUGGUGAUUUUUCAGAAGUUUUCCGGACAUUGAAGAAGCUUAUAACAGAUGUGAAUAUUGCUGUUGCAGUUGAAGCCAUUCAAGCGAUUGGUAAUCUUGGUGGUCUUAGAACCCAUUUUUCUGCUGGUUCACGCUUUCUUUUGCCAGUUUUACUUGAAAAAUUGAAAGAGAAAAAACCUGCACUGUCUGAGGCACUGACACAAACUCUUCAGGCAAUGCACAAGGCUGGGUGCUUAAAUCUUGUUGAUAUUGUGGAAGAUGUUAAGACAGCUGUGAAAAAUAAAGUUCCUCUUGUGCGCUCAAUGACUUUGAAUUGGGUAACAGUUUGCAUUGAAACAAGUAGCAAAGCUACUAUUCUUAAAGCGCAUAAGGACUAUGUUCCGAUUUGCAUGGAGUGCCUUAAUGAUGGGACCCCAGAGGUCAGGGAUGCUGCCUUUUCAGCUUUAGCUGCGAUAGCAAAGUCUGUUGGCAUGAGGCCUUUGGAGAGGUCUCUUGAGAAACUUGAUGAUGUUAGAAGGAAAAAACUUUCUGAAAUGAUUUCGAGCUCUGAAGGUGGUGUCUCCGCUUGUUCAAGUUCAGUGGGGGCUAGGGUUCCUACUUCUGGUGGAAGCAUGCCAUCAAUGGAGAAUUCAGAAAGUUCAUUUGUUAGAAAGUCAGCAGCAAGCAUGCUUAGUGGGAAGAGGCCCAUUCCAGCAGCAGCUGCCACCAAAAAAGGAGGUCCAGUUAAAUCUGGUGCCAACAAGAAGGCAGAUGGAGCUGUACGGCAAGAAACUAAAAAAUUGGUUGAGGCUCCUGAAGAUGUUGAGCCAGCAGAGAUGAGUCUUGAAGAGAUUGAAAGCAGAGUAGGCUCUCUUAUUCAGGGAGAUACGGUUGGUCAAUUAAAGAGUGCUGUGUGGAAAGAACGCCUUGAAGCAAUAACAUCUUUAAAGCAACAAGUUGAGGCACUGGAAAACCUGGACCAGUCAGUAGAGAUUUUGGUCCGUUUGCUUUGUGCUCUUCCUGGUUGGAGUGAGAAAAAUGUUCAGGUUCAGCAGCAGGUUAUUGAAGUUAUCACUCACCUAGCUUCUACUGCAGCUAAAUUCCCAAAGAAAUGUGUAGUCCUUUGCCUUUUAGGUAUAAGUGAACGUGUGGCAGAUAUCAAGACCCGUUCUCAUGCCAUGAAGUGCCUUACUGCUUUCUCUGAAGCAGUUGGUCCAGGAUUUAUUUUUGAAAGACUUUACAAGAUCAUGAAAGAGCACAAGAAUCCUAAGGUUCUUAGUGAGGGAAUACUAUGGAUGGUUUCAGCAGUUGAGGACUUUGGUGUAUCACAUUUAAAACUUAAGGAUUUAAUUGAUUUUUGUAAAGAUAUCGGACUUCAGUCCAGUGCAGCAGCAACUAGAAAUGCUACUAUUAAGUUAUUGGGUGUUGUACAUAAGUUUGUUGGUCCAGACAUUAAAGGGUUUCUCACAGAUGUCAAACCUGCACUGCUUAGUGCGCUUGACACUGAAUAUGAGAAAAAUCCAUUUGAGGGCGCUGCUGCAGUUCCUAAGAAAACUGUUAGGGCAUCAGAUUCCUCGUUAUCUGUGUCUGGUGGUGGGCUAGAUAGCCUGCCACGUGAAGAUAUCAGUGGGAAGAUCACACCUACGCUGCUGAAGAGCUUGGAGAGCUCUGAUUGGAAGGUUCGUUUGGAGUCUAUUGAAGCUGUUAAUAAAAUCCUUGAAGAGGCAAAUAAGCGCAUUCAACCGACUGGAACUGGGGAAUUAUUUGGUGCUCUUAGAGGACGUCUAUAUGACAGCAAUAAAAAUUUGGUUAUGGCAACUUUGACUACUCUUGGUGCUGUUGCUUCUGCAAUGGGCCCUGUUGAGAAGUCAAGCAG